CGGACCACGUGUCAACAUACGCAGAGUUUGUCCAAACACACAGACCUUCUGCAGAAUACAUGUUUGAAUUUGACGAAGACAAACAGUUCUACGUGGACCUGGAUAAGAAGGAGACUGUCUGGCCUCUCCCAGAGUUCAUUCAUGCCUUUGACUAUGAUGCUCAGAGAGGCAUUGCUGACAUUGUCAUGACGAGAGGGAACUUGAUCACUAUGAUCCAAUGGUCCAGACACACCCAGGCCAUACAUGAGCCCCCCGAGGUGACCGUGUUUCCCAAAGAGCCUGUGGAGCUGGGCCAGCCCAACAUCCUCAUCUGCCACGUGGACAAGUUCUUUCCACCAGUGCUCAAUAUCACGUGGCUGCGCAAUGGACAGCCAGUCACUGAGGGUGUCGCUGAGACCAUCUUCCUGCCCAGCACCGAGUUCCGGUUCCAUAAGUUCCACUACCUGCCCUUCCUCCCCACGGCCGAGGAUGUCUACGAUUGCAAGGUGGAGCACUGGGGCCUGGACCGGCCACUCCUGGAGCACUGGGAGGCUCAGGAGCCAAUCCAGCUGCCUGAGAUGAUGGAGACCAUGGUCUGUGUCCUGGGCCUGGCAGUGGGCUUGGUGGGAGUCAUUGCUGUCACCAUCAUCCUGCAGACCAGGCUAACAGCAGACAGGAUCCUGGGAGAGCCUGUGAGCCCAUAUGAGCCCAAUAUGUUUCAG